AAUAAAACAGCCCCUACACUAUACAUCGUUUUCUGGAGCCUCGCGCUACACCAGUCCCAGGUAUAACAGAAACGAUGAUUCAGUUGCACUGCCCAUCCAAGACCUGGAUUUCCACACCACCCCCUUCAAGAUUCUAUCAGUUUUCUCCUUAUACGAGAAAGUCACUGCCAUGCCCCUGCUUGUGCAAUCCUUAUUCAGCUUUACGGAGGACUCAUUCAUCAGUAACAAAAAACGGUUCCUUCGGUAUUUCAAUGUUUCCCUACUAAGUGCGAGUAACUGUGCUUUACUAGGGAUGACCAAUAUCAAUUAUCAGAAGAAGUGUAGGAAGCUGGACUGCUUUCUGACUACAAAUGCUUUGGGGUAUUUCAAUUCUUUUCUGAGGACAAUGCAUCCGAGUAGUAACUCUCAGAUAUGUUCCAAAAAGCACACACAGGGUUUCCUAGAAAGACAUAAUGUAGCAGCAUUGCCAUCAUAUUUCACCAGUAGAUUGAUACAUCUAGUUUCCGUGAAUAUGAAGACAACUCUAUUGCAUGGACUUUUCAUCUAUGCGAUUCAAGCAUUUGGUGCACAGAGUUUGCCUUUUGCUUGCAUGUCUAAUAACUUGAGCAAACCAACACCACUUGGACUGGAUGUGGUCUUGCCUUCACUAAAGGAUAUCAACUGGAGUUUUUCACGGAUUAUAUAUUUGUUCAACAUUCAACUUGAGAAAAAUGUUGCCAUGUUUUUUAUCGUGCUCCUUGUCUCGUGUUUCAUUUUUGUUCUGAUUGGUGGCUUCCUUUUCUUUAAGUUCAGGAAGGAUACGCAUUCUCUUGAGGACUGCUUUUGGGAGGCUUGGGCAUGCCUGUGUUCAUCAUCUACUCAUCUCAAACAAAGAACACGGAUUGAACGUGUGAUUGGCUUUGUGCUUGCGGUAUGGGGCAUUUUGUUCUAUUCUCGCCUUCUAAGCACAAUGACGGAACAAUUCAGGGAUAACAUGCAAAAACUUAGAGAGGGAGCACAGAUGCAAGUUUUGGAAACCGAUCAUAUUGUUGUUUGUGGAGUUAAUAGUCGCCUAGCGUUCAUACUAAAACAGCUAAAUAAUUAUCAUGAAUUCUCUGUUCGCUUAGGUACUGCCACAGCUAGACGACAGCGAAUCCUUCUCUUAUCUGAUCUCCCUAGACGGCAGAUAGAAAAAAUUGCUGACAGCAUGGCAAAAGAUCUCAAUCAUAUUGACAUUCUUACAAAGAGUUGCAGUCUAAGUUUGACAAGAUCUUUUGAAAGAGCUGCGGCAAAUAAAGCGCGUGCAAUUGUUAUAUUGCCAACAAAAGGAGAUCGGUACGAAAUUGAUACUGAUGCUUUUCUGUCAGUACUAGCCCUCCAACCUCUUCAAGAAAUGGCCUCUGUGCCCACUGUAGUUGAGGUCUCAAGUUCCAAUACUUGUGAGCUUUUAAAGUCUAUUUCUGGAUUGAAAGUACAUCCUGUGCAAAAUGUUACAUCCAAGUUAUUUGUUCAGUGCUCUAGGCAGAAGGGGCUCGUAAAAAUAUACAGACAUUUGCUUAACUAUCGAAAAAAUGUGUUUAAUCUCCGCAGCUUUCCUGACCUGGCUGGAUUAAGAUAUAAGCAAUUGAGACGUGGUUUUCAAGGGGUUGUUGUCUGUGGUCUCUAUCGAGGAGGGAAGAUAUAUUUCCACCCAAAUGAUGAUGAAAUUUUAGAAGAAAAUCAUAAAGUUCUAUUUAUUGCGCACAUACAAGGGAAAACACUUCCACGGCUUGAUGAUUCUAAUGGUACAGAAGAAUGCGAAGAUGUUAAAGGUGGUAUUGGAAAUGUGAAAGAUGGUAGAUUAUCAAGUCAUAUUCAGGACAUUAGAAAUACACGCCUUGAGAAUAUUGUCAAGCGAACAAGAUUUAGAUCUAAGGCAUCAGACUGGUCUUUGGGACCAAAAGAGUGUAUUCUUGUUCUUGGGUGGCGCCCAGAUGUUGUGCAAAUGAUUGAAGAAUAUGACAAUUAUCUGGGACCUAGUAGUGUUUUGGAAGUCUUGUCAAAUGUUCCCUUGGAGGACAGAAUUAACGCAUGCAGACUUGCUGGUCAUGGAAAGCUGAGGAACGUGAGAGUUUCUCACAGGAUUGGAAAUCCAGUGGACUACGACACCUUGAGGGACACAAUUGUACACAUUCAAAAAUCAUUAAAGAAAGAUGAAGAUAUUACAUUCUCCAUUGUUGUCAUACCUGAUCGAGAAUGGCUCCUUGGAGAUCCAUCCAAGGCAGACAAGCAAUCUGCGUAUUCUCUUCUCCUUGCUGAAAACAUUUGCAAUAAACUUGGUGUGAAGGUUCAAAACCUAGUUGCAGAAAUUGUUGAUUCCAAGUUUGGGAAACAAAUUGCAAGAAUCCGGCCUUCUUUAACUUACAUUGCAGCAGAGGAAGUCAUGAGUCUCGUGACUGCACAAGUUGCAGAAAACUAUGAAUUGAAUGAAGUCUGGAAAGACAUUCUGGAUGCAGAGGGGGAUGAAAUAUAUGUUAAGGAUAUCAUCCUGUACAUGAAGGAAGGGGAGAAUCCUUCCUUUGCGGAGCUCUCUGAAAGAGCAUAUUUGCGAAGAGAAGUUGCCAUUGGUUAUGUGAAGAGAAACAAAAAUGUUCUCAACCCAAAUCCCAAGUCAGAGCCUCUUUCUCUUCAACCUGGUGAUUCCCUGAUAGUUAUCUCUGAGCUAGAAGGAGAACAGCCUGUGGUCAUUGAACCAGAGUCUUGAAGUUUGGUAGUUUAUAUAAAUUGCAUCUGGAAAAGGUGCAAAUAAGCCCCUCCUUAGUGCAGAUCGACCCAUAAUUCUUUUAGGUGCAAAUAUAACUUCAAUAUUUUAUUCAAGAUCAUAUUGGCCCUUAUUUGCCUUAAAAGGCUAAAAUUAAAAGCAUAAAGAUCUUCAGAAAUUAUUAAAUAAAUGGAUUAACUUUGAAAGAGACAUAAUUUCGAAAUGCUUUUUCAAAAAAUUAAACAAAUGCUGCCACAUAAAAUUUAUAUUUGCAGCGCAUAUAUCUCAGUUUUUUGUUAGUCUUGUUUCCUUAUACAUUACCUACACCAUGUCUUUCAAAAUGAAACACAAUUUGAUUUUCCAUCACAAAUUUGAACGCUAUAAAUUCAAAUAUCAUUAGAAAAGAAUGUGCAAUUUAUUGAGUGUCUAAAGGAACAAUAAAAUUAAAUGUAAAAGUUAUUUUUUUAAAACUGCAUUGCAUAUAUUUUAAAACCAUGGAAGUGUGGAACAUAUAAAUCUUGAUGUUAAAAUUAUUAAAAUUUGUUAUUUUCUAUUUUAUUCUUUAAUCAUUUUUCAUUCCCUACAAUAACUUCCAAGCUUUAUUCUCAAAAGGUUUUGAGAUCGAUUAACAUGAAUAAUUCCAUGAUAUAAUAGCCAAAAUGAUAAGAAAAAUAAGAAAAGUAAAAAAUGAGAAAGAUAAAAAGUAUAAGAUAAAUAUAAAGAUAAAUAUAUAGAAUAAAAGAAAACAAGAUAGAGAAAAGAUGAAAAUAACAUAAGAAAAAUAAAGAAGAUAAAUAAAUAAAAGAAAACGAGAGAAAAGAAAAAAGAAAUUGUUUUUCAUUUCCUAAAUCAAAUGAUAAUUUUUUAUUGGUUUUUACAUUUCCAGUUUUAUCAUUGAACAGCAAUAAAGAUCAAUAUCUUGAAGAAACAUUAGGUGUAUAUUUGCACUUUAAAAUGUUAAACGCAACAAUUGUGCCGGAGACAUCAUUAGGGGCUUAUUCACACAUUUUCGUUAACAUCUAUUAUCUACACGUAAUUUCAUGUAAUAAUAAUAAUACAUAAUAUAAUCC